GAGCCACUUCUUUUCUCGGAAAUGGCGGCGCUCGUGGGACUCCGCGCGGGUUUCUCCGCCCUCCAGCUGACCUCAUCCAGUUUACUGCACAGCUCCUUCAAACUGUGUGCAGUGCCGCUCAGUCGUAGGAACUUUGCAGCCGAGGCCAAGAAAGUCUUUUCCCGUGAUAAACCUCACGUCAACAUCGGCACUAUCGGUCAUGUAGACCACGGGAAGACAACACUCACUGCAGCCAUCACCAAAGUCUUGGCAGAGGCAGGAGGAGCGAGAUACAAGAAGUAUGAAGACAUUGAUAAUGCUCCUGAGGAGAAAGCCAGAGGAAUCACUAUCAACGCCUCACAUGUAGAAUAUACGACAGCCAAUCGGCACUAUGCACACACAGACUGCCCCGGACACGCUGACUACGUCAAGAAUAUGAUUACAGGAACAGCUCAGAUGGACGGCUGUAUCCUGGUUGUUGCAGCAACAGAUGGUCAGAUGCCUCAGACACGGGAGCACCUCUUAUUGGCCAGGCAGAUUGGAGUAGAGCAUGUGGUGGUGUUUGUGAAUAAAGCAGAUGCAGUGGAGGAUAAGGAGAUGCUGGAGCUGGUGGAGCUAGAAAUCAGGGAGCUGCUCACAGAGUUCGGUUACGAUGGAGAGAAAACACCAGUGGUCAUCGGGUCUGCACUCUGUGCAUUGGAGAAUAAACAGCCGGAACUGGGAGUGGAUGCUGUUAUGAAGUUGCUGCAGGUGGUGGACGAAUAUAUUCCUCUACCAAAGAGAGAACUGGAAAAACCAUUCCUUCUGCCCAUAGAGGGCGUCUACUCCAUCCCAGGUCGUGGUACAGUAGUAGCCGGCACUCUGGAGAGAGGGGUGAUAAAGAAGGGAGAUGAGUGUGAGUUUGUGGGACACAAUCGCUCUGCUAAGUCAGUCGUUACAGGUAUUGAGAUGUUCCACCAGUCUUUAGAUCGUGCUGAAGCAGGUGAUAAUCUGGGCGCUCUGGUUAGAGGGCUGAAGAGAGAGGAUGUGAGGAGGGGGAUGGUGAUGUGCAAACCAGGAUCCAUCCAACCCCACCAGAAAGUCAGAGCACAGGUGUACAUUCUGAGUAAAGAAGAAGGCGGCAGACACAAGCCCUUUGUCACUAACUUCAUGCCUGUCAUGUUCUCUCUGACCUGGGAUAUGGCCUGCAGAGUCCAGCUACCUGAUGAGAAGGAGAUGAUCAUGCCAGGAGAAGACACUUCCCUAACCCUGACACUCCGGCAGCCCAUGGUUCUGGAGAAAGGUCAAAGGUUCACACUAAGAGACGGCAAUAAAACCAUCGGAACAGGGCUGGUGACGGAAAUCAUGACAGCCACACCAGAGGACCAGCACAACUGGGGCUGAGACCGACAGAGAGAGGGAUGGGGGAGAUUGGGGGGGAGGUAUGAUGCAAAUGGGGGCAGGAAAGGUGUGGAGUUGGGGACAGAGAGCCGUCCCACAUUAUACUGAUCUAAUAUCUGCUCUUCUUCAUGUCUGCUUGGACAGUAAAAUGGUUUUCACUGAUGUAAAGUACCAUAGGGUGGAGAAUUCUAGCCCUGGACCCACACUAUAUACUGUUCAGUGUUUUCCCAGGCUAAAUGAAUAGUUCAACAGGAAAAAAAACACAUUUACAGAAUUAUACCCCUUACCCCAAAUGUAGUUGACCAAUCAAGAUAUGUUUGAUAUCUAAAGCUUUAGUUUUGCACUGGAGAUACGAGGCUAAUAUAGCUCAGAAAUAGCGAACGUUUAUACAAUGCUGGUUGGCAGUUAUCCAUAAUAAUGGAACAACUUUAACAGUUUGUCAUACAGUGUCAGAAACCACAUAAUUUAUCUCAGAUAGGCUUGCGUAACAUCUCUACGCAGUUUGAGGUGAGAGUGUGUUGAUUUAGGCAUAAGGUUUGCAUGAUGCUAACUGGUGAGGUAUAAGCUUCUAUUACUUGUUAAUUACAUUAGCGUAUUGGCUCCAGUGCAAAACUUGGGAUCACCUAAUUCUACAACACUUCUUAUUCAUAAUGAGCUGUUGUCAGGUUUGUUGGAGCUGGGAAAACACUUACAUGAAACCACUUAUUUGUCUGGUUGAAUCUCUUUGUAGUGCACUGCUGCACCAUUUUGGCCCGGGUGAUCAGUGCACUCAUCAACUGUCUCGUUUUAUUGAACUGCCUGGAAAACGGGGCAUGGCCGAAGUGGCCUGCUAGCCCAGCAGGUGGUGCUGUGGGUCCACUACCAUCCAGCUUCCAUCUGGAUUCAGCUUCCAUGAAGGGUGAUCAGAGGUUUGAGGUUAAGGCAUCACGGUGGCCGAAGGAUGAAUUAUAUAUAUACAUAGCUUUGGAUACACACAUCCUUAAAGUCCUGCAAUGGGGUUCCAUACAAUCUGUUUUUGCUUUCGAAAUUUCUGUCUAUAAAAAGUGCUAAUGAAUGUGGUUGAUGUAAUAAAUUGUAUUUAAUA